CACAGGAAGAUCACACCAUCCCCCACCAUCAUCAGGGGGAAGAAGUUUUUGAUAUCAAAACUGAGGUUAAAGAGGAAAAAGAGACGUAUGUGAGGAGAAAUCAGCUGUCUAUGAACGAAGUUGAAAUGAUGGUGACAUUUACUAAGGAGGAACCUUCUCUAGAUGUCAGCUCAGGAGGACACAAUGACCGCAAUACCUCAGAGGGACAUCUUACUUUAUAUGCAAAUUAUAAUAAAGAAGAUAAUGACAUGGCACAAUAUUUUCCAGGAGUCGGCAUUAUUACUCAAAGUGUACAUCAAAAAUUGCCCCGUAUGGUAGGAUCAAUAGACCAGUUUAAUUCUGAGAAACCCAAAUAUAUAUCACAUACUAUUAUUCCAAACGUCCAACCAAGCUUUUACAGAACAGAGGAAUCACCAGAUCCUUCCAAUCCUAAAGAAUCUCCUGCCAAUAAUUGUAAUGCUUUUCAGGAUUGUGAGAAAUCAUUCACAAGAAAACCUGACCCGGUUGUACCCCAGAUAAGCCACACCAGUGAAAAACCCUUUUCGUGUUCUGAGUGUGGGAAGUGCUUCAUGAAGAAAUCGCAUCUCAAUGAACACAAGAGAAUUCACACCAGUGAAAAACCUUUUUCAUGUUCCGAGUGUGAAAAGGCCUUCAUAAAGAAAUCCCAUCUCGUCGAACACCAGAGAAUUCAUACCAGUGAAAAACCCUUUUCGUGUUCGGAGUGUGAAAAGGCCUUCAAAAAGAAAUCAAACCUCGUUGAGCAUCAGAGGAUUCACACAAGUGAAAAGCCCUUUUCGUGUCCCGAGUGUGAGAAAUCCUUCAGAAAGAAGUCAAAUCUCAUUGUGCACCAGAGAAUCCACACCAAUGAAAAGCCCUUCUCGUGUUCCGCGUGUGAGAGGUCCUUCAUAAAGAAAUCAGAACUUAUUCAGCACCAGAGAAUCCACACAAGUGAAAAACAAUUAUUUUGUUCAGAAUGUACGAGGCCCUUUACCAACACAUCAAAACUCAUUCAACACCAGAGAAUCCACACCGGGGAGAAGCCCUUCUUGUGUUCUGAGUGCGGAAAGUCUUUCUCCUUAAAAUCGAUACUCAUAACCCACCAGAGAGUUCACACCGGUGAGAAGCCCUUUUCCUGUUCCGAGUGUGGGAAGUGCUUCUCUAAUAAAGGGAACUGUGAUAAGCACAUCAGAAUUCACACGGGUGAGAAGCCAUAUUCCUGUUCAGAAUGCGGCAAAUGUUUUGCACAGAAAGUGACACUAAUCAUCCACCAGAGAACACACACCACCUGCGAGAAGCCCUAUUGCUGUACCGAGUGUGCGAAAAGCUUCUCCAGUAAAGGGAACUGCGAUAAGCACAUGAAGAUUCACUCUGGUGAGAAGCCAUUUUCCUGUUCGGAAUGUGGAAAAUGUUUUGCACAGAAAGUGACACUAUUUAUCCACCAGAGAACACAUGCCACCUGAGGCCACGGAAAAAAUGGUGGAGUUUCAUUUGCUCCAUUGAACAAUUGUACGACAAAGAAAAGGCAAUCCAAAAGAAUCAUUCAACCCAUAUUAAACAUUUUAGUUGUUGUGGUGUGAUCUGUUUUUUUCAUUUUUUUUUAUUUACAUAAAGUAUAUUUUUUUAUUUAUGUUUUAUUGUGCAUCGUCCUGUUGUAGUUUUGCUUAGAAGAACUAGCAACACAACAACAAAAUCCUAGCUGAAUCCCCCAGGGGUCCAAGUGCUUAUAGCACUUAGCCCCAUUUUGUUCUGUGGCCCUGUUGUGUAUUAAAAGCCAAUUUUUAUCACUGUCUAUGCUAGCUAUAGCUCCACCCUAGGCUUAAGCCCAAUUUGUGGGUGCCACUUCCAUUUCUCUCUGUUAAAAGGAAUUUCAUUGAGUUUGCCAGCUUACUCUGCCAGAGUUGAUUGAUCAGUAACAACACAAGCACUAGUAAAAGAUCAUUCAGAGCUGCCGGGGCUAUAUGAUUUAUCUGCUGGUGCUGUGUAUGUUUACAAGCAGCCAGCAGAUAAAUCACGCAGCCCCACCAGAGAACCAGCCGCCUAGGGCGCACUGCUGCCUAGGGGCGCCUGGACACUGGUUUCCCUCUACGUCUGCAUGCUGUGCAGGCUGCAGCAUGUAACUAACUCAGUCCCAGGCAGCUGCUCCAUCUGGCCGGUAGUGUAAUUAGAGGCGCAUCGCAGAACUGAAACCAGCGCUAGAGAAAGCCAGUGCUUCCUGUAUAGCGCUUCCUCCUGUCACAUGGGUAAGGUAAAGGGGGUUGAGCCAAUGGGGGUGGCAAGAUUCGGUUUCCCCUAGGGUGUCAAAACUUCUUGCACCAGCCCUGGCUGUGUGAUCUAUCUAGGCUGCUAGUAAACAUUCAUGAAACCGGCAGAUAGAUCACACAGCCCCACAGUGCUGACUGUUCAUUCACAAAGGUUAAAGAUCCUUCAGCACUGGCAGGGUUUGUGAGCUAUAUGUAUGUGUACCUGCUACAAUCUGUCAAAUGUGACAAAAUAAAUAGUUUUGGUGGAUUUUCCACUGCAAUUACUGCAGUUCUUCCGGAACAAUGGUGGGGGCUCAUGCUGUCCUUCCUUCCCU